GGUAAACAAACAAAAGAUGUGGGUCUCGGCCAAGCACUGAUGUUUUCGAUAUGAAGCAGGAACCAUAAAAGAAAAUUAUGAAAGGCCCAAUUCUCUUCCACCACAGAAAUGGAUUCACACAUCGGUCGAAACAUGAGUAGAAAAUAAACAGAUUGAGAUGUGAGAAGAAAGUCAAACCUAUCUCUCACAGAGGCUCUCCAGUUCACCUCACAAAUGGAGAGUGAUGCUGAGGAGGAGUCCAAAUACCUUACAGACAGUGUGAGGAAGUCUUCUUCGCACAGCCAUCAGAACAGCCGCAGCCAUGACGGCCACAUAUCCAACAGGUCGCAAAAAUCCCUCUCCCACACCUCAGCCUGGGAAAAGGACCACGCCAAUCCAGAAGAAGACUGGACUCUCUCACAGUCUAGCCUGAAGUCUAGCAGCAGAAAAUCGGAUAACAGGAAAAGGAGCAACCAAACCCCAGCGAAAAGCCGAUAUGGGAGAGCUCAGCAGAGGCAUGCCGUAGAAGGAGAACUGGAGCAUGGGGAAUAUGCAAACAAUGGACAAAAUAAUGGAGAUCAAUUAAGUGUCCAGGAAGAAGCAGAGGAAAGCACUAAUGACACCUCAAUGGAUGAGACCAGCUUUAGCACUUCCACCUACACAGACAAGGAAAAUGGGAGCUCCUCAGAGCUUUCAAUUGACCCUGUUGUUUGGAAGAAAUUCAAGUUCCUCACUUCCAUCCUCAAGGAAACACAGCACAACCUCAAAGCGAUGGAUGAACUCGUCCUUGAGCAUCAGCACUUGCAGGAAUUGUCCGACCGCGGUGCAAUCCGGAGCACAACACAUGCGUCUACCAGUUACAUUCCAGGCACGGAACAGGAGCUUGGUGACGGGGAACCUAAAACAGAUGAGGCAAAGCUUGAGGAGAUCCUGAGUCUGCUUCACAACCUUACGCGCACGCUGUCAUCGUAUGAACAGCAUCCUCUGCUGGCUACUGCACAACAACCAUCAGACAUCUCCCUGAAAGUACCACCUGGUGAUUCCCGCCAAGAGCCCCAUUAUUCCAGCGGUGAGGCUAAGGCACCCAACAGCCAAGGUUAUGGCUCUCACAACCUGGAUUCCCAUACCUAUCAUUUACCAGAGCUUGGGCAGUCCUCUGAUCAGACCCAUCUUCAAUCGUCUUUGCAACGCGGAUACCAGGAGCACAGUUCUCCUUCAAAAUGUAAUGAUUUUUCACUUAGAUUUGAUGCGUCUAAAGAUGGAACUGUUGGUUACCAAGAUACAGGUUCCAGAUAUGAUACUUCAGUGCCCCAUGCACUUCCAGAAAGGUUACAUGUUAGUAGCAAUCCCACAUACACCAAUGUUGGGAUUCUCAGCUUGGAAAAUGGUUCUGGAACUCUCCCUCAGUCAUAUUCUUACCUGAGAGAAAGAGAUAGUGAAAUCCCUGUGAAUACAAGUGAUGACCAUAUGGCAGCUCACAGAACCAGCAAUUACUUCAGGACACCUGUAAAGGAUUCCAUAAGUCAGACUGAUUAUGCCUUUUCAGGAGCUAAUGUAUAUGAAUCUUAUGAGCCAGCUAACUUUGCUGGACCAUAUCAACCAGAGCAGAGUAGUAGGAUAACAAGUUGUCAAAACCAAGGAAGCACAAGUCAUCCUCUCACCAGAGAAACAAGAUCAUUAAGGAAAGAUAUCAAUGAUAUUGUUUUGAGGAAGCAAGCACUGGAUUCACGCCUGCAGUCACUCAUUGCUCACCGUGCAGUACAGAAGGAAAUGGAAUGGGCACAGGCAUCCAAGUCAAAGGAUAAGAGGCAGCUUGCAAGAAGCCAGAGUCUAGAGGAUGACAGUAGGAGACUUAAGGGCAAAUUGAAGAAAUAUAGAAGUAGAAGCAAGAGUCAGGAAGAUGAAGUGGAUCCUCAGAGCAGAAUGUCAUCCUCUGUUAAGGACUGUUAUUUGAGCAUGAUCAGUGAAGAUCAAGAUGAGUUUCCAAGCUUGCAGAUGGGGAGCCUUGAGAAUGAAGAGAAAAUAUCAGAGCUUAGGAAUGAAGAGGCAGAUUUACCAGGUCUAGGUGACAGUGGAUUAAGCAGUGAAAUAAAUUCUAUUAAUGCUACCAUUCAAGAGCUUGUGCGAGAAAAUCAGCAGUUACAUGAAUUCCUGCAGGGAAUGACUGUUGAGUCUAUUGCAAAAGUAGAUCAGGAAAAAAUAGAGCUAGAAGCCAAGAUCCAGUCACUUAAUCAAGAAAAUGAGUCUUUAAAGAUUAUGAUGAAUGGGAACAUUGAAGAAGAGACAAAUGCUGGUGCAAAAAAGAAGCAUGAGGGCAAGGCUGUUUCAUUCCUUGUUUCAGAUGACAGCGUGGAGAAGCUUUUGAAAGAAAAUGAGAUGGAAAGUGCUCAUUGCCAAGAAUUUGGUAAAAAAUCUCCAGUGUUAGAAUCAGAACAUGUUGAAGAAGAACUCACAAAUAUUGCUGGUUCUUCACAAAGGAGACAAGAAGCACCUGUGGACUCCCAGGAACAUUCCAAAAGAAUAGCAGUACUUGAAGCACAGGUCAAUGAACUUACUAGGCAAAACCAGAGUCUCAUGCACAAGAUUAUAGAAGAAAAGGAUGGGGAUGCUAGUGAUAAAGAUUUACAAAGUGAUUAUGAAGAAACAUCCUCCAGGAUUUUAGAGUUGAAAACUCAAGGUGGUGCAAGCAUGAGUAUUACCAGGGAAAUAGAGAAACUUCAGAGGAAAAUCAACAAACUCUUGAGAGAAAAGGAUGACCUAAACCAUAAGCUCAACACAGAAGCAACUGAGAGGGACUAUGAGCAUUCGAGACUGGAAGCAAGAAUUAGGAUUUUGUCAGAGCAAAAUAGGGUAUUGAAUGAUAAAUUGAAUGAACAAAAAUCAGCCUCAAGUGGAACAGACCAUGGCAGCUACCAUUCUGAUCAGAUUAAGAGUCAGAAUGACUCUAGUGUUGCUAUUAGUCUAAAUCAAGAUAAAUUUGAAAAAAGUACAGAUGAAUGCAAAUCUGCCAUGAAUAUGGGCACAACUAGUUCAAGAGAAGUAAGUUUUAAAAUUGAUGUUGAUUAUGAUAACCUUACAGAGGAUGAACACAAGCUUGAGUCAAUGGUUGGCUCAAAAUCCUCUUCUUCCAGACAAGUUUCUGAACAUUCCAGAUCAAGAAGUACUGAAUACAGUUCUUCCAGAGGGGAUGCAGAGCACACGCAAUCAAGGGGAAGUGCUGAUUACAGUAGUACCAAAGAGGGUUCAGAGUACACAAGAUCAAAAACAGAGCCUGAAUAUAGCCAUAAAGCUGAGGAUGCCAGAUCACAAAGGAGUGCAAAUUAUAGCAAGCAAGAUCCAGAGUACUCUUCAUUUACAAGAGAUUCCAAGUCAGAAUAUACUGAAUAUAAUGCAUCUAGUAGAAGUCAUAAAAGUGACAGGAGUACCAAGAAGAGCACAGCAUUUGGUGAAAAUGAUGAAUAUAGUCAGGUUGAUGAUGAUUCUAGUACAAAUAUUGAACAUAGUCUCCAUACUGAAAAUGUUGAUCAGUCACAAUCUCAGAGACUUUCUUAUAAACCAAGUAUAUCAUCAGAAAGAAGUCAGAAAACCUAUGGAAAUGAAUCAUAUGAUAGGAAAAAAGACAGAAGCUCUCCAGAAACUUCGAAUGAUAAUAAUCAAAAGGGUAAAACUGAUGAAGUAAAACCAUACACUAUUGUGCAGCCAGUGAAUGAUCCCAAACUGACUUCACAACUUGAAGAAUUAUUAAAACAAAAUGAAAUGCUGAUUUCCACAGUCAAUGCUAUGAAAGCCACAACUGUUAUGUCUGAAUCUAGUCUUGGGUCAGCAAUGAGACAAAUUAUGGAAGAGCAUGAAAAACUCAUGCAGAAUAUAGAGGAGAAAAUAAGUCAUGCUAGAGUUUCUGGAGAACUGGAUGCAGAAUCUAGGAUGAACAAAUUAUUGCAGGAAAAACAAUUGUUGGUGAUGUCACUAGAAGAACAAAAACACAAGAAUGAAUCACUUGUCAAACAGAAUGACCUGCUUGAAAAGAAACUUCAACUUGUCAGAAAGAAUAGCAAGGAGUUGUUGAAUGCAGACCAGGAGACCAGUGAAAAAGAUAAGGAAGUUCUGUGUUAUGUCAAAACUCCACCUCUGUGCAUAGCAUCAGAGGAGAUGGAUGCACCGUAUGACAUUGAAGUGGACUGUGAAAUAAUAGAAAGUUUCAAAGUAUCUGAAGAGAUUGUGAAUGGAAGUGAUGACUUUAAAAAGAAAGAAAUGGACAAGUUUCAACAGAACAAAAUGGGAGAAGCCAUAUUUAAGGCUAGUUACCACUCAAUGCAAAGGAAAGAGGCAUCUAAAAGUACAGACAUACAAAAGCAAGUGACAAAGACAACAACAGAUUCGCAGAGCAAGGGAAGCAGCAGACGAAAUAGCUUGAGUAUGCCGUCAUUUAGUCGAAGAGGGUCCCAGGCCUCGACAUCUAGGAUCCCAAAAAGUGAAGACCAAGAACACGAGGAGGAGCUGCAGGAUGAGCUGACUGAGGGAUUGAUUCAUCUGACGUCAAGAAAAGAAGAUGAAAAAUGGGCCCAAGUGCUGGAGCAGUCAGAAGAGGAAAAACAAAUUCUUCAAGACAGAAUUAAGACUCUAGUAAAUGAGAAUGACUGUUUGGCAUCACGGCUGGAGGAGGUGAUGGGUGUGUCACGCAAUUUGAGUGACCAGAUGCAUUCUGCACGGGAGGAACUUGUUAAGGUUUCAGCAGAGAAGGAGGAUUUGCAGAAGAAAGUUAGAUCACUUGAGGAAGGGAAGGAGGAUAGUUCACUGAGCUUAUCGGAGUCUCUUGGGAGCUCGAGACUUACACAGCGCCUCAAGGAUCGGAUAAGGAGCUUACAGGGAGAAGUUGAAGGGGCAUGGCAAGAGGUUCAUCAGCGCACAAUAGAACGAGACAAGAUAUCUGCAGAGAGAGAGAGCAUUGAAUAUACAGCAAGCAUUAAUCUUAACAGUGCAAGGAAGGAGGUUGAGUCAUUAAGGAGCCAAAUUGCCAUGCACCAGCAAGAUUUUGAAAGGAGGGCUAUUGAGUUAACAAACACAAAGAAUGAACUUGAGAAAAAGUCUUCACAGCAGAGAAUUCUUCUGGAUGAUUUUGAAGUCCAGAAAACAAAGCUACAUGAACUGGAGAAGAAACUGGAAGAUGUUGAGAGUUCUUAUAGAGAGUGCCAGGAAAAAUUACAGAUUGAAAUAAGAGAGAGAAAGAGAGCUGAAGAACAACUAGAGGAGACCCUUCAACGUUUGUCUGCAGGGUUGGAGAGUGAGAGAACGAGAUCGAAGGGAGAGAGAUACUGGCAGGAAGCUUUGUCUAGACUAAAGAGCCAAUUGCACCAAGAGCAGCUUCGUUCACGUCUUCUGGAAGCGGCUGACCACGAGAACUCGGCACGCAUCCUGGUUUUGCAACGCAGUGUCCGUGAGACUAUUGAAGCUCAUGAAAUUCUGCAGGCCAAAUACAAGCAGCUUCGUACUGCUUAUCGUGCCAAAAAGACGGACAAGACUCACCGCAGAGAACUUUCUGAGCAGUAUUCACAGCAGGUUAAGGAGCUUGGUAAAACUUCGGCUGCUUUAGAGGAUAAUUAUAAGAUGAUGCUGUCGACACUCGGAGAAAGCAUAGGUAUCACAGUGGAGAUCCUGACAUCCCACGUCUUCCUGUCUCCUUGCGUUGUCCAUCCGAGCCCUGACAUAAGACUAGAUCUGGAGACUUGGUUUGAGGCUCAGCAAGGGAGGCUCAGAUGGUUACAGACACAACUUCGGAAACUUUGCUUACAUAAUUGGAAAAUGGCAGAUCUCCCAAAGACUUCCAACUUCAGCAUUGGGCAGAGAACAAAGCCCAUUUCAGGGUCUAGCACAUCAGAAACAUCUGGUGAUUCAAAUAUCCAGGUAAAAAAUGAUGGAAGUUCAGAGAGCAAGUCAGAUUCAAGUUCUGGAUACAAGACAAGGAAAUCGUUAAAAAAGAACUUGUAUGAUCUGUCCAUUUUGGAUGAAACCAUGUCUGACAGUAGUACGCCUGUUCAGAAGAAAAUUGGUGCUUCACCUGCAGUUUCUGCCUCAGGUGCUUCAUCAGGUUUUACUACUGUAUCUGAUACAGACAGGAGAAUGGCUAGACAGGGUUCCCAAGAGGAAAAUGCACAAGACUCUGGCAAUACAUUUGUAUCAUUUUCAUUUGUACAAUCCAAACCUUCAUUCAGUCCACCCAUGAAGCCACUAAAUAGUAGUUCUAUGAGCCUCAGUGAAGUGGGUCGAAUCCUCACUGACCAACAGAGGCAGCUCACCCGGGCAAAGUUCCACCAGUACAAAACCCUAGUCUCCAACCUCCAGAGAGACUUAGAAUUCCCUUUUACAUCUUCUCCAAGCGUUCCUUCCUCCAUUAUCACCACACCUGAGAGAAUCAAGGAGCUUUCUUGUUCCACCUUUGGCGAUGAAGAGCACUCGGGAGACGUGGAAGUAACUCUUUCUGACUCACAAGCUUCAUCGUCAAGAACCCUCUGUUCCCUGUCCCAAAAUGAAGAAUCUGCUUCUUCAAAGCACUCCAAGGAAUCAUCACCUGUGCUGGAGGAGGUUUCACAAACAUCCGGCAGUUUAUCAGGUAUGUCAAAGAGUCCGUACUCCUGGAACAACACUUGCCUGGAAAGGAAUCCCUCCACUUCACCAUCCUUACGUCCAGAGCUCCUGCAGGAAGAUGUGGAGAGCUUCGGCAUGGAAAGAGACAUUGAUCAGUCAAGUUCCAGAGCCAGUGCCAGUGACAGCAAUAGCCUACCUGGAAUAAGGGAUGUAAUGAAAGAAAAGCAAGCCUCAGGUGUGGAUGUGGAUAAAGAUCAUGACAGUAUGGAGGAAUUGGAUGAUGAGGAGGACAUCAUCAGGAUCUUUGUGGAAAGUGAGGUUGUUGAUGAUGAUGAUUUAGACUGACCUUUCUUUUCUCUUUGAGAACAUCAUUAAAGAUUUGUUUGACUGAAGUUUAGUAAUUAAAUGACAAGGAGACCAUCUGUUGUGAACAGAUGUAAAGAAGUAUUUAAAUUUAUUUACUGAUUAUCACUUUCAGGAAAUAUUUCUUUGGUAUUUAAUUUUAUGGUCUAUUUAUUGAUGUUCAGAUUAUAUUUACUAAUUUAAAGAUAACAGAAUUGUCAUGUUCUGUAAUUCCUUGAGUAUUAUAUGCAUUUGUUUCUUAAAGCCAUUGUUUGUUAUUAAGAGGAUUAUAUAGACUGCAGUAUAGAUAAUAUGUUCCGUUUGCACAGCAUUUAUAUUUAUUUAAUGAAUCUGAUUAUUCUUUUACUACAGCCAGUGUAUUAAGUAGUAUAUAUAGGAAGAAUCUACAUGUCUCUUGACAAUCACAUUGCCUUCAUUACUAUGUGUAAAAAAUACAAAAAGUAGCUUUAUAUCUGUAGAUUUUUAUGUCCGUGCAUUUUUUUUUUAUGGUGGAAGUUUGUGAAUUUUUUAUCAUAUUUAAUUUCACCAGACUGUUUAUCAGUAAUUAUAAAUGAUCUGAGAGGGACCUGAAAACAAGAAAAUCCGUCCAUUUUUGCGAUCCUGUCCAUGGCAAGCUGUGACUACAGAGACUAGUUUGAAAAGCUUCUCAAUAAAAUUGUAGUUUUGUAUGGAUUACAUAUACUGAAAAGCUCAUUCAUUCCAUUGCAGCUGUGCAGUAUGCAUAUGUGUAAUAGUUUUAGAUUUAGCUCAUUUGUAAGAAAAUUUCCUUUUUUAAGAACAUGAGUAUUUGACAAACAAUUGCUUUACCAUAAUUAAUGGUAAUGUUGAUUUUCAAUCAGCAAAUGAAGGGCAUUUAAUCUUUCAUUAGAAAGAUAGUUUUAAAAUGUAAGGCUUCCAUCAAUUUGUGGCAUCACAGGUAAUGAAUAACUGUCCAAAAAUGAUUUACCAGGGUAACAUGUACAACAUUUUUGUAGUAUUGAUGUCUUAACCCUUAAAGGACACACCAUUUCAUGAUCUGACACAGACUUUUUAUGUCAUUUUCUCAACAAGCACUUGUGUCAACUCUAAUUUAGUUUACACUACAACUGAAUUUAUUUUUGGAGUCCGCAGAUCAAAAUCUACUUAGAGAUCUGAAGACAUGACAUUAAUUUUCCACAGUAGCUACAAUCUGUUCUGUGUCCUAACCUGAGUGUACCUAAAUCUAGUACACAUGUUCUUUGGGGGUUAAACAGUGUGUUCUGAGCUUCCCAUGCAAGAAGUUUUAGUGUGUGAUUUUAGAACCUCAUUAUGUAGAGUUAGUGUUUUAUUUUUUUAUUAUUAUUAGCUAUUAUUAUUUUUUUGCCUGUUUUAUAAGUAUCAUUAAAGCUUAUGCUGUAGGUAGAUGAGUUAUGAUACUCCCAGUGAUUACAUUGUGUGGUAUAUCACUUCUUGAUUUGUAAAAUGAUGAGAUUAAGGAUUGGUUGAAAAUUAACUAAUUGUAAAUUGAAAUUUGUGGUGAAAUUUUGGACAGAGGUAAGCCCAAUGUACAUUUAUUUUGGUGUUUUUUUUUGCAUCAGCAGUAUCACAAACACUGAAGUGUUUCAACAUAUAUAUAACUUCUUACUUAUCCCUCCAAAUUAGUCUAGUCAAGACAACAGUGAUACCAUCAGUAUUCUCACUUUUGGGAGUGUUGUAAAGUAUGCCAGUGUUAUCUUCCCAGUUGUACAUGUAAUUUAAUGUUUAUAGCAUUUGAGAAAAGGGCAUUAUGUAAGUAUAAGUGCCAUUUUUAGGAAUUAAUGUCUGAUAAUUACAGCUUGGCACAGUAAGUCUACAGAGAUCAGUCACACAGGGUACUGAGAAUACAAAUUUCCAUAAUUAGCAGAUUUAUUUGUAAGCAGUUAAAGAAAUAACUGAACUGUAAAGUAGCAGAAAUAUAGAGCUGUUAAGGAGUCAAAAUUGUUAGUAUUAGUAGACACCCGUUUUUUCUCAAGAAGUAUUCCAUAUAUUUGUGCAUGUAUAAUUUGUCUCAUUGCUUGAAUUUAUUUGUUAAUUUAUAAGCAUUUCAAAAGUCUGCAAUUAAUCUUGAAAGAACUAAAUAUUUUUGGUUUCAAGUACGAGAUAACUUUUUGGCCUUCCAUGAACUAGGGCUUUCUGAAGUCCUCAUGUGCUGUUUUUAUCUACUGCCAAUGUGUGUUACUUUCUAGUCCAUGAAAUAAAUAUGCUUUAAAA